AUGGCGGGACUCGGCAUUCCGGUCAAGCUGCUGCACGAGGGCAUCGGCCACACUGUCACAUGUGAGCUGAAGACAGGAGAGAUGUACCGUGGACACUUGAUGAACUGUGAGGACAACAUGAAUGCGAUGUUGGAGGGUGUGACCGUAACAGGCCGGGAUGGCAAGGUGACCAACCUCGAGCAGGUCUACCUCCGGGGCUCCCAGAUCCGAUAUUUCAUCCUUCCAGACAUGCUUCGGCAUGCACCAAUGUUCAAGAAGAAGGGCCGCGGCGCCGGCCGUGGCGUCUACGGCCCGGGCAAGGGCCGCGGCAAGGGCUUGGCGGCCCGCGCACGCACGGCCGCGGCAGCAACCAGGAAGUGA